AUGGAGUCCAGGAAACUCACAGGCGACGCACAUCUCAUCGUCCAGCAGUUCCUUGAGUCCCAGGGAUACACCGAUGCCCUCGCUGCAUUCCUUCGCGAGGCAGCGCCUGUCCUCGAGGACAUCCCCAAGAGCCUGCCCACUCCUAAACCCCUCCUUGAGACUCUGAGCGACAUCCGAAUGAACCAACUCCACAGCCAGCUCGGACAACUCAAUAUGCCCAGUGAACUCGAAGAACAGGAUUUUGCGACACCUGGCAAUAACACUAUGCCCAACGAGAUCGGGUCGAUUUACAAGGAUAUUCAUUCUGUCAACAUUAUUCUCUCAAGGACAGCUAGCGUUUCAGUCGCACCAGCAUGGCAGGAUCUCGAGGCCAACCCAGAGAUGACUUCCAAGACAGUUCAGGCCCUAAUCUCUGCUGCUGCUGAUCGCACUGUCAAGUUCACACUUUUGGACCAACCGCACGGCGACGACCAGCCAGGACAAGUCUUCAAGAUCCUCCAGCCUCACGACGGCGUCGCGCUUGACAUUGAUUUCCACCCUCAUCACCCCGAGUUGAUGCUGACCAGCGCCAUGGACAAGUCUGCCGUUCUCACCAACACCAUCACAGGACAGGAACACCAAAAGUUCAAGGACCACACAAAGUUUGUCAUUCGUGCCAAGUUUGCUAUGGAUGGAGCUGCAAUCAUCACCGGCGCUCACGACAAAACCGUCAAUAUUUACAAAGUCAAGGAAGACCACAACCAGAGCAACGGCAGCUUGCCAACAUAUGUUCUUGAUAAGACCCUGAAUUUCAAGGGUGCUGUUGAAGGCAUGUGUGUUCUCCCGCCUUCCAAGAACCGCUCGCCAACCGUCGUCAUUGGAACACGGGACGACAACUACCUCCACUAUGUCGACUUGACCACCUACAACACUGUCAAGUACAACAUGAAUGUCAACAAGGACGACUGGGUCUCAUUCACGCCCAUGGAGAUCUCAGCCUCACCCCACAAUGAGGGAAGAUAUUUGCUUGUCUCGACGGAUUCACCUGCAGGACGUCAGAUCCUGUUCAGAACAGACUCAGCACUUCAACUGUUCGACUACUACGGUGUUCCUACAGAUGGAUUCUCGACGCCGCGCCAUGUUUGGGACGGGAGUGGCAAGUACUUUUACGUCACCGGCAAUGACAACAAAAUCUACUGCUUUAGUGUCGGCACCCAGCGAGUUGUCGGCACAUUGGACGGACAUACGUCGGUGGUGCGUGGGUUGUACAUGGACCACGCUAGAAAUAUGCUAGUCAGCUGCAGUUUUGACAAGACAGUCCGGACGUGGAUCAACGCAUCCACGGUGUCUGCCUCUAGCUGUGCGUCCCCAGCUCUCCAUCCGUCAGAUAGUGGCGACAUGGCCCUCGACCACUGA